AUGGAAUCAAUGAUGAAUUAUCUUCUAGAAAUAUCUAUGAAUGACCAAGAUUACUGUAUACAUAAACAUCCUAGAAUAUCGAAAAUCUGUUUAAUACCAAUGUAUAUAUCAUUGCUGCCUGGAAGCAGACAGGCAGACAAUCUUGGUAAUCAGUAUUAUGGAAAUCAAAAGAUUAUAACAUUUCUAACCUCAAUAUUUCUUAUACUCUUUGUCAUAAUUAAUGGAGUACCUGAAACAGAAUCCCAAUUUCGUAGAGAUAUCGACUGUUCAGUAAGAUGUGAUUACAAUUUCUGCAGAUGUUUUGGACCACAAGGACCAAUGGGGGAUCCAGGUCCUCGAGGUCCACCUGGUUCUAUUGGUCCUAAAGGUUAUCCAGGUGAACAAGGACCACCUGGACCGAGAGGUAUGAAAGGUGAUCCUGGACGUGACGGAGCUGAUGGUCCUGUUGGCGAAAGAGGUCCACCAGGUGACUUUGGACCUCCAGGAAUGCAUGGUGAACAUGGUGAAAGUGGUGAAACAGGUGAUAAGGGAGCUAAAGGUAUUGCUGGAUGCCCUGGAGGCAAAGGUGAUCUAGGCGAUAAAGGUGAACCUGGAAGACAAGGUAUGGAUGGUGAAAGAGGAAUGCCUGGUAUCGAUGGUGAACGAGGCGAUCCUGGUGAAUCUGGACUAGGAAUACGUGGACCACCUGGCCCUAAAGGGGAAUUCGGUGAUGUUGGACCAAAAGGCGAUGAUGGAAUUCAUGGAGAACGUGGAGAUCCUGGAUUUCCUGGAUUAGAAGGAGACAGAGGUGAAGAUGGUGAUCCAGGUAUACCUGGUGAGGCGGGUGAACCGGGAGAAACUAUAAUUGAUGCUUACACACCGGUAAAAGGUUCUCCAGGCGAACCUGGGGAUCCUGGGGAUCCAGGAAGGAAUUGUUCAGUUUCUACACUAGAACAAGGACGACAAGCGCUUAUUGGACCUGCUGGUGAUCGGGGUGACACUGGUUUAAAGGGAUACCCUGGACCCAAAGGUGUGAAAGGGAUUAGAGGUAUAGAUGGAACUAUUGGUCUACCUGGUUUGAAAGGACUUCCCGGUCCAGAUGGUCCUCCAGGCCCUAAAGGUAUCAAAGGAAGCGCAGGACAACCUGGUGCAAAAGGUGGUCAAGGUCGUGAUGGUUUGAUUGGUGAUCGUGGUAUACUUGGACCUAAAGGUGUACCUGGAGAUCCAGGAGCUGAUGGAUUACGUGGAUUUGCUGGUGAUCCUGGAGAACCUGGGGGCACAGCAGAGUGUACUGGUGUAUUGCCUGGAAGACCUGGACAGCGUGGUAUACCUGGAGAGCCUGGUGACAAGGGCUUUCCUGGAAUUCCUGGAUCAAUCGGUGAUAGAGGAUUUAAAGGAUUUAUUGGACCACAAGGACCGGUUGGGGAUCCUGGACCUGAUUGUCCAAUUGGACCUCCUGGUCUACCAGGACCUAAGGGGGCACCGGGUGAUGAUGGACGACCCGGUGCUCCUGGACUUCCAGGCACCCCCGGAGAUGAUGGAUUACCAGGGGAUAAAGGGGAUGCAGGUAUAGGCCAUAGAGGUGCACCAGGAGAUCCUGGUGAUAGAGGUUAUGAUGGACCUCAAGGUCCAAAGGGUCCAAAAGGUUUAAAGGGUGAACGAGGAUUACCCGGUACUAAGGGAGCUGGUCGUUCUGGUCCUCCUGGUGAAAAAGGUGAACGUGGAUUAGAUGGUCUUGCUGGAAAAGAGGGGAAACAAGGACCACCUGGACCCCAAGGUUUACCUGGUGGACGCUGCAGCAUAUGUAAACCGGGUAUACCUGGAGCCAAAGGAGAUAAAGGUGAUCCUGGUCCAGCUGGUCUUCCAGGUCCUCGUGGUCGAGAUGGUGCAAAAGGAGAACGAGGAAGUCGUGGUGCUCCUGGUAAUCAAGGUCGUAUGGGUUCACAGGGUUAUGAGGGUGAUCAAGGUGAAUAUGGUAUUCCUGGACCGAAAGGUUUUAAAGGUGAACCAGGUGAAACUAGAACCGAAUACACUGGCAUUCUUAAAGGUCCAAAAGGUUAUCCUGGAGUGGAUGGACCGAAAGGAGACAAAGGAAUUAAAGGUAUUCCAGGUUCUCCAGGUGAAAAAGGCGAGCGUGGAUUAGAAGGACGACAGGGUGAUCCUGGUUUACGCGGUUUACCUGGACAAAAAGGUCCUAAGGGUAUAUUAGGUGAAAAAGGCUACAAAGGUGCAACAGCAGAAGUUAGAUUUGGAGUUAAAGGUGAAAAAGGUCAACCUGGACGUCCUGGACUAAAAGGUGAACUAGGAGAUUUAGGAGAGCCUGGAAAUUGUACUGUGAAUGUUAUCCAAAGUCGUAACUUAACUGUGGAGAAGGGUGAUCGUGGUCCUAAAGGAGAACCUGGACCAAGAGGAGAUAAAGGAAAACCAGGUGAUGAAGGCCCACCUGGGAAGCCUGGAGAUAGUGGAAUUCGAGGAGAAAAGGGUAUUCCAGGAAUACCUGGACCUCCUGGUGGAAAAGGAAUAAUGGGUGGACCAGGUGAUGCCGGUGAACAGGGUAGCCCUGGUGAACCUGGAUUAUCCGGAUUACCAGGACCAAAAGGGGAUUUAGGCGAUAUUGGUCCGAUAGGAGAACGUGGUUAUCCAGGUCCAAAAGGUGCAAAAGGAUUCCCUGGUCAGCCAGGAACUGGAAUCCCUGGAGAACGUGGUGCACCUGGUCAACCAGGUAUACCUGGUGAGAAAGGUACACCAGGAGACCCUGGUAUGAUAGGAGACCCAGGAGAUCAAGGAAUAGACGGAAGACCUGGAUUACCUGGAGAGCGUGGAGAUAUUGGUUUGCCAGGAUUUCAGGGUGAUCCUGGUCCAAGUGGUGGAGUUGGAAUAAAAGGAAUUGUCGGUGAUCCUGGAGAUAGUGGAGAACCAGGUUUACCUGGACGUCCUGGAAGUCCUGGAGACAAAGGUAAAUGUCUUGGACCAGCUGAAAAAGGAACACCUGGGGUCCCAGGUCCAGAAGGUCCAGAAGGUCCAAAGGGAGAUCCUGGACCAAGAGGUGCAAAAGGAGAACAAGGACCUUCAGGUCCAGUUGGACGACCAGGUGAAAAAGGUUUGAAGGGUGAAACUGGUUUGCCUGGACCAGAUGGGCCUCCAGGUGAGACUGGUAUUCCUGGUCGACCUGGAGCUCCAGGUCCUAAGGGUUUUGAAGGUGUUCCCGGACCAAAAGGAUUUGAAGGACCUGCAGGCAGUCCUGGAGACGAAGGUGAGCCUGGUCCAAAAGGUGAACCUGGUAUUCCUGGCACAGAUUCGUUUGGCGCUAAGGGUGAACCAGGAGAACGAGGUCCCCCAGGUGAUAUUGGCGAAAAGGGGUCGACUGGAAAACCAGGUUUACGUGGACCUCCAGGUGAUGUGGGAACCAAUGGUCAGGCAAUUGUUGGGGAUGUUGGUGACCCUGGAGAUUUUGGAGAAAAAGGCUUGCCGGGGCUGCCUGGAGAUCCUGGACCUCCAGGGCCUAAAGGUACUCUAGGUGUCCCGGGUUUGAUAGGACCAAAGGGUAUAGUCGGAGAUCCAGGUGUUCCUGGUCUUCAGGGUCGCCCAGGAAAACCAGGUCCUGAGGGUCCACCUGGCUUACUGGGUCCUAAAGGCUUUCCUGGAGAGAAGGGUCAAAGGGGGAUAAAGGGUGAACGAGGAGAACCGGGAGAAACAAUAGUUGGACGUGAAGGAGAGCCAGGCGACAUAGGAGAGAGAGGUUUACCCGGAAUUCCUGGACCUAAGGGAGAUAGAGGAUUACCAGGUGACCUCGGACCAAAAGGCUUACGUGGUUUACCGGGUCGAGUAGGUGAAAAGGGUCAGUUGGGAAUACCUGGCGAUAAAGGGGAACCAGGCAUCACUGGAGUCGAUGGAUAUCCAGGUAGAAAGGGAGAUAAAGGUGAAUCUGGUGACAUUGGACCUAUUGGUGACUCCGGACCAAGAGGACAACCUGGGCCUAAAGGUUUUCCUGGUGCUCCUGGUCAGUGCACAGCAGCCGAGGAAAGUGCCGUCGGUGACCCUGGUCCACAAGGUCCUAGGGGACCACCUGGUGAAAAAGGCUUGACAGGAUUACCGGGCAAAGUGGGUAAAACUGGUGAUCCUGGUCCACCUGGAAGAGGUAUUCCCGGUCCUAAAGGUCAAAGAGGUGAACCUGGUUUUCGUGGUCUUACCGGUCCGAAAGGGGAAAGAGGAGAAAUGGGAGAUCCGGGUGAUAUGGCCCUACCUGGAGCCAAAGGUCAAAGAGGUUUUCCUGGUGCUAAAGGUGAAAAGGUGAACUAG